GAUUUAUUCCCUAGGUGAUCAGCUGUCCAUUUGUUGUUAGCUAAUUUAGUUUUUAUUUCUAUGUUGUUUCUUUUUACAUAAGCAUGCCAGAAAUAAAGCCUGAUUAUGAGUGGCCGAGGUUGCAUGGUGACAAUGUCAAAAAACCGGGACCUUGGACCUCGGCGAAGGACUUCUGUACAUACAAGACUUCGUAUGAGUUUGCCUUUCCAAAAACGACUCCUCCUCCUUUCUAUGUCGAGCCCACAGAGCCUCCCAAAUGUGACAUUCCGAAAGAAUUGGAGAGGGAUGUGAUGCUCACCAACUACUCGACUACGUACGGUAGGUUCUACGAUUGGAAAUACCAAGUGUUGGAUCCACUCAACCAAAACUACAUGCCUGCUUUCAGAAAAUUCAAUUUUUUGAAUGAAUUCGAUGAAAAGUGCAGGACAAAGAUGCCAAAGCAAAUGACAAGAUUUUCAGAAUACAAACACAAGUAUCAACAGCAUACUGAGCCAAAUUUAAGUGGUGUGAUUCAGGAUCAAAAGAAACAAUUGUACUGCUCGAUAAAAGGUCUGACAAGAGAUGAUGUGGCUAAAAUAGAUGCAUCAGAAUUUGGAUAUGGAAAGUACCUAGAUAUUUAUUUGAGCACAAAUCACUUGGAUUAUGUUCAUCACAAGCCAAAAGUGAUCGAUAAAUUCAAAACAUCUGAGGUAUUUGUCAAACCUGGAUUUCCACCUAAGCCUAAAGAAGUAGAACUCAUUGACAAGGGCGCCCAAAGCUUAUUUAAGACCUUUAAAUAUGAAAAUUCGCUUCAGAAAUCGUGUUCAGAGACGAGAUCUUGCUUCCAAGAUCCGAAGCCAAUGGUCGAACCGAUCAUCGAUUGCUUGAUGCCGACCAUAAGACCGACGAUUGGCGAGAUCAUGGCCACUCCAGGGAUGUACCACACAGAGUACAACCACCUCGGGCACAAUUGGUCAGUCCAAGCUCUCAUCCCAUGAAUUCUAAAAAUACAUAUUAAAUUGUCCACUUGAAA